AUGAGACAACUCCCUACAAAAGAUCAACAUAUACAGGAGUUACAGGAGUUACAGGAGUUACAACUACAGGUCAUAGCAUUCAGAGAAGAAGGAUUGGUAGGUAGAUGUAUGCAACAAUCAUCAAAUACGGAUGAAGAAGGCUGUCUGACUAGAAAAUAUGCACAGGCAUUCAGAGAAGAAGGAUUGGUAGGUAGAUGUAUGCAACAAUCAUCAAAUACGGAUGAAGAAGGCUGUCUGACUAGAAAAUAUGCACAGGCAUUCAGAGAAGAAGGAUUGGUAGGUAGAUGUAUGCAACAAUCAUCAAAUAUGGAUGAAGAAGGCUGUCUGACUAGAAAAUAUGCACAGGCAUUCAGAGAAGAAGGAUUGGUAGAUAGAUGUAUGCAACAAUCAUCAAAUACGGAUGUAGCAGGCUGUCUGACUAGAAACGAUGCACAGGUACCAAUUUCCGAGGACGAGAUGGAAAUAUUUUUACGAGCAAGAUUAAAGAAGAAACAAAAUCUAAGCAAUGAACUACGGAUUGCAUUAAUAGGAAAGUCAGGUGUUGGAAAAAGUGCCACAGCUAAUACAAUUCUCGGUGAAGAAUGUUUUAAAUCUUCUAUCGGACUUGCUGCUAUAACCCAACGGUGCGCAUCGAAGCAUUCAAAAGUUCAAGGCCGACAUCUUCUUGUCAUAGAUACUCCUGGUAUUUUUGAUACAGAAAAGGAUCCUAACGUAAUUAAGACAGAAAUACAAAAAUGUAUCACAAUUGCUUCGCCAGGUCCUCACGUAAUUUUAUUUGUCAUGUCGUUGUCUGAAAGAUUUAAAGAUGAAGACUAUAUGUCUCUCAUAAAAUUCAGUAUGUAUUUUGGAAAAGAGUUGUUGGAUCAUGUUAUAGUAGUUUUUACACAUGCCGAUACUAUUCAAUCGAAAGGUACUUCUCUGGAGAAGCAUUUACAAGACUCGCCCGAAAAAAUGAAAGAAGUAAUGACAUGUUGUGGGAAUAGAAGAAUAGCUUUCAACAAUAAGUUUGACAAAGUUGAAAGUGAAUCUCAGGUUGGUUAUUUACUUAGUAUGAUAGAAAACUUAACAACAGGCAAUAAGCAUGCAUAUUAUGUCAAUAAAAAUUUUGAGCUAGCCGAAUCUGUAAUUAAGGACAGAGAACGUCAAAUGGAAGAUCAGCUAAGGAAAGAAUAUAGUGAGUUAAUGAUACAGUGUCGAAACAUCGAGAAUGAAAUCAAUGAAAUGAACACUAUAAGACUUGAACUGGAGAAGACGUUAUCAGAUAUUCGGAAGCCAUUACGAGAUUGGUUUGAAAAGUGUGAUCAGCACAAACAUCAUUCUCAAACACGGGACUUAUUUAUUAAAGACUUCAGACUGGAUCUGCAACCACAUCGCCGUGAAAUUGAGGACAAGAUACAGAAACCAUAA